GAUUGUGAUUUUUUUUACUGAAAAUCCGGCUAUAUGGCUUAGUUCAUUUACUUUUCCCGCUGAAGAUAAAUUGAUACUACUGUCAUAGAAUACCCAUUCUAUGUUUCUCUUUUUCUUAUUUUGGCGGGAAACACGCAAACGCAAGCAAGUGGAAGUAAAUAUUUUUGGUUUUUGAUAUUAUAAUUUUUUUAUUUUCCUAGCUUUUGAUUAUUGGCAUCGUUUGUAAAUACAAUACAAAAAUAAACAUUACUCACUGAAGAAUACAACUUAUAAAACAUACCUAUAUUUGGCGAAUAACAACAGGACAAUUUCCAUUAUGUAAACAGAAACUAAUAGAGUUAUUUUGUAACUUUGUAAUAAAUAUGAAAAUAUGUCGUCGAUAAAAUCGACUAAUAUAGCUGAGUCUCCAAAGACACCGGGUGGCAUCAGUAAAUCAUUGUUGACUCCUUGUAGAAGAGUGGGUCUUUCACGGAACUGGAGGAAAGGUGGGUCUUCACCAUUCAUAUCGCCGUUAUCUAGUAAAAGUGAUGAUAUAAUACAAGAAAAAUAUACUAGGAAACGAAAAAAUAGAGAAAAUGACGUACGGCAAGAUGAAAACAAUACAACUAAUAUUGAAGAAAUAGAUGAGACUUCUGUACAAAAAGAUAAUGUUAACAAAACACCUCAUAGAAAUUUUGAAUUAUCAAGGCAUAAGAGAUCUAAAACAUUACUGCCAGUGUUAACAUCUGAAACUGAAACACAUACAAAUCUCAGACAAAAAUUAAAAGAGGAAAAUAGAGUAACUAUUAAAGAUACUUUGCUAAAAGACAAUUUAGUUAAUAUAUAUCCAGAUAUAGAUAAAAAUAUGGAAGUGUCAUCUGUUCAUCUUGAUUCAGAAAGCAAAAAAGGUGCAUCAUCUUCGACAUUGUUUAAUCAAGAUAUAGUCAUUGAAUCUCAGUUCGAUGAAAAUUGUGUUGACCAUAAAAAAACAUUCAAACAAAUACAAGAAAAUAAAAAAGAUAAAAAAAUCCCUGAGAAUCUUAUAAAAGAAUGUACAAUUGUCAUACAGAAGAAUAUUUUUAAGAAAGAUAUUCAGAAACCUGCAGAAGUAAACUCAACUUCUCAAACUUUAUUUGACUCUGAUUCUGAUGAUAUUCCUCUAUGCAAUUUGAAUAAAGUUGAUAAUUCACAGAACAAAAUCCAGACGGAAGUUCUAAAGUUAAAAGAAAAUGAUGAUUUUAUAGAGACAAAUACAGUUAGUACAAAGAAAGUAGAUAACAAAAAAUUGUCUGUAGGUAAUUUAAAAAAACUUAAAAUGAAAAACAAAAGUAAAGAAAAUAUCAAAAUUUGCAAAACUCAAAAAAAUAUAAAGCAACAGGAUAGUACACCAUCAUCACAAAGCUCUUAUAAUGAUGAUGAUGAUGAUUUUGAAGUAAACAACAAAAGAACAAUACUUAUAAAGAAAACCUAUGAUAAAAUUUCCAAACCAGUAAAAGCAAAAUCAACUGGUUCUAUUACUCAGAAAGACAUUGAUGAAUUAAGAUCUCGUAUAAAAAUAAAAAAGAAGCUGUUGUUAACAAAAGCAAAAACCGAAGAUACUGCAGAACUUAGAACUUUAGUAAAAAAAUGGCAGAAGGGUUGUCAAGAUGCAUUAAUAGAAUUAAUGGAACUCAUGAGAAAGAAGUUCCCAGAUAAACCAAAUAUGGAAUAUUCAGAAAUGUUGCAGAUGUUAAAAAUACCAGCAACAUUGGUGGGUUAUGAUUCAGAUAAUGACUGUUUUGUUACACCUGAUGAUUCAUCAAUUAUUUUAUCCAAGUUCAAUGAUAUAUGAAUUAUCUAAUAGCUAAUAAAUAAUAAUAAUUUCUGCAAUAAACAAAUUUGUUACUUUAAGUAGUCUUUGCAAACUAUUAAUAAUAAUUUCAUAAUUUGCUUCUAAACCAAAUUUUUUAAUAUAUUAUUAGAAUGUAGAAGUAUGAUAUUAAUAGAAUUGCUUUUGUCUGCAAUUUAGUAUGCUUAGUAAAUAUACUUUCAAAAUGUAUUUCUAGAUGGUGUAUCAAGAUAAAACAUAUGCCACAAUUUAAGUUAGAUAUUCAGGUACAGAAUUGUUAAUAUUUGCAUUCAAUUUGGUGCACUAGUUUAAUCAUGAUGUUAGAACAAACCCAGACAAAAAUUCUUAAACUAUUCUAGCUUCUUUUGCUCUUAUUAAGACUGUAUAUUUUUUCCUUAAACAUUUCAGUCUAGCUAAAAUUUUAUAUUAGUGAAAUUUAGGAUUGCAAUAUGGAGUGAUAUAAAAUAUGAAAUAUAUAUCUGUGAAAUGACUAUAUUCUAGAUAAUUAUAUUUUAUAAAUAUGCAAGUUUAUAAAAUGUAGAUGUAUCGAAGAAUGCUUUUUACUUUUUCACAUAAGAAUUCUGAAUUGAUUGAAAUUAAAUUUUAUACAUAUAUAGGUUAAUCUUUUACCUUAACAUGUAAGAUAUUAUAUAUACUGACAAUAUAGUUAAGAACUUUGUAAAGGUAUUUGGAUGUUUAGUAAACACUCUUUAACAAGUACUUUUUACUAUUAAUCACGAAUGUAAAGACAAAAGGGAAACAGCCAGU